CCACUCUCCACUCCACUACAGUCCUAAAGCUUAACCGUGAUCACAGACACCAGAGAACCAAAACAAACCCGUGAAGUGUGCUUCUGUUGGAAACUCUUUGAGGAAAUGACUGGAACAGCACUCACCAGAUCAUGCAUCGCUUUCUGCCUGCUUAUACACACGGCAAUAUGCCAGGACUGCUCUCAGCCCUGUGACUGCCCAGACGAGAGCCCAUUAUGCCCUGUAGGCACCAGUCUAGUGUUAGACGGCUGCAGCUGCUGUAAAGUGUGUGCACGACAGGCAGGAGAGCCCUGCUCAUUCCUGGAGCCAUGCGACCAUCAUAAGGGCCUGUAUUGUGACUAUAGUGUGCUCAGUGACACUGAGACAGGCAUCUGCAUGGCUCAAGAAGGUCAGACGUGCGAUCUGGGUGGUGUGAUUUAUCGCAGUGGUGAGACUUUCCAACCCAGCUGUAAACACCAAUGUGUCUGCAUGAAUGGGGAGAUUGGCUGCGUACCAACCUGCGCAAGCAACAUACGGCUGCCCUCUCCAGACUGCCCCUACCCACGACGUGUCCAGAUCCCUGGAAAGUGCUGUGAGGAGUGGGUGUGCGACCAGAUCCCACAAGAAGACACCUUCCAGUCAGCAGUGGCUGGUAGGUCAAUCGCAUACAGAGAAAUCUCAGGUCAUGGUCUCCAGCAUGAGAGUGCGAGGGACAACUGCAUCGUUCAGACCACUGAAUGGAGUGAAUGCUCUGCAACCUGUGGCAUGGGCAUGUCCUCUCGUGUAACCAAUGAUAAUGAGCAAUGCCAGCUGGAACGACAGACCCGUAUGUGCAUGAUCCGCCCCUGCCAUGCAGAUCUGGAAAAGGACAUCAAGAGAGGAAAGAAGUGUGUGCGAACCCCAAAAAGCCAGAGUGGGAUGCGUUUCGAGUUGUCUGGAUGCCAGAGCGUCCGGCUGUAUAAGCCAAAGUUCUGCGGUGUGUGUACAGAUGACCGCUGCUGCACGCCUCAAUCCACCAUCACAGCCGAGGUAGAGUUCCGCUGUCCUGAGGGGGACUCCUUCAGAAAGAAGAUGAUGUUUAUUAAGACCUGCUCCUGUCAUCACAAUUGCCCCCGCGAAAACGACAUCUUCCUUGCUUCAAACUCACGGAGAAUGAUCGGGGACUAUGAAAAUGACAUGUGAGGAGAGUCCACACACAAACACACACACUCAUUCUGACAAUCAAGCACAUGUGCACACAAGGCAGCUCCGAGUUUUACUGGACCCUGAAAUUCUCACGUCUUGUGAGCAUCAAAAAAAAACUAGAAUGUUUGACAUGAAGUGGGCACUGAUAAUGGCCCUCGCAAAACUUUCUUUUCUUCUCUUGUAUAUAUCUUGUGAAGCUCUGAAGUCAUGUGGCUGUUUGACUGGUCAUGCUAAAGCGGACCUGAAGCACUGAGAACUUUGUGUUAAUAGGAUAGCUCACUCAAAAAUGACAAUUGUGUCUUCAUGUACUUAAUCUGAUGUUGUUUCCAACAUACAACCUGUUGUUAUUAGGGUUUUUUUUUUUUUUGGAACACAACUUUAAAAACAAAUCUUGAUGAAGCUUUUUACCUAUACAGCAAUACCAAAAACCCAGAGAGCACCAAAGAAAAAAAUCUAUAUUUUUCAUAUGAUAGUUUCACUAUGAUCCUGAAUAAUAAAACGUUUGCUUUUUUCGAGGCAUAGUUCACCCAAAACUUUCAAUUCUUUCUUAAUUUGUUCACUAUUGUUCCAAAUAUAUUUUGAAUUUCUUUAGUCUGAUAAACAGAAAAGAAGAUAUUUUGAAGAAGGCGGGAAACCUGUAACCAUUGACCUCUAUAGUAUUUGUUUUUUCCUAUUAUGAAAGUUUAAGGUUACAGGUUUUCACCUUUUGUUAAAAUAUUUUCUUUUGUAUUCAACUGAAGAAACUCAUGAGGGUUUGGAACCCCUUGAGGAUGUGUAAACAUUGAGUAAAUUUAAACUUUUGAGUGAACUGUCCCUUUAAGGAUUAGACCACGAUUUUAAUAAAUAACCAUUUGGUCACUUUAAAUGGAUAGAAAAUGGAGCUUAAACGUUUUCAUUUUGUUCCACAUGGGGGAAAAAGACAGUUUGUAUUUGAAAUAUUUUUUGAUUUUUCCAAAAUUCUUGCUUAUUUUUAGGUAAACUAUUCCUUAAAGACAUUGUAGACAUGGAGUACAUAAUUAAAUGAUUCAUAUAAUGAGUUAAUUUCAAGAACGUUUUCCUCAGUACAGGAAUAGAUUAAAAUGACAAUGUAAUAAUACAAUCGAUAUGUAUUUUUUUGUUUCAUGUGUUGAUUGUCAUUGGGUCAUCAUUAUUUACAAUUGUUUUGUUUUUUUUAGCAUUCAACAAGGAAUAAUAUUUAACAACUGACCUAAUAACUGUUAAUUUAUGUAUCUAAUUGAACCCAAUCUGUAAUGAGUCCCAAAGUCUUUUGGGAAGAAAACACUCAAAUAAGCGAGGCUCAGAUAAUGAAAUACUGCCUGUGUUUUUUACUGUUUAUUUAAUAUGUAAUGAACUGAAAGGAACUCAACAAUGACGAAUACACCUUGUGUAAAUACUGUAAGAAGACUGUGUACAGAUUGUACUAAUUUAUGUAACUGUUGUUUAACUCUUAAAUGUAGUUUGGUAAGUGUACUGUAUUACUCUGUGUUCAUUGUAAUCGCCUGGCAAUGAUACCAGCGAGUUCUUUUCUGAUGCACUUUUAUUUUCCAAUAAAGAAAUUAUAUUUUUAUAUA